UAUACUUGUGAUUUUGUGAAUAAAUCUCUACAAACCUGAACCCCGAAAAAACAACAAAACCUUAUUAAAAAUCUUACUAUUAAAUUUAUGAAUAGGAUUUAGAUUGAGAGUGUGCAUUGCACUGAGCGUGUGUAGUAGAGAGAGCUUCCAUCAUUCUUGUUUCCAUUACCAAUUUACCAUCAACGAGGCAAUGGCUGACACUGCUGCAGAUUCCCUCUCCGACUUCCUCGCAUCUGCCGUCGACGCUGCUCGCAAAGCCGGCGAGAUUAUUCGGAAAGGAUUCUAUCAGACCAAACACGUCGAGCACAAAGGACAGGUUGAUUUGGUCACAGAAACUGAUAAAGCAUGUGAAGAUCUCAUAUUCAAUCAUCUUAAGAACCUUUACCCCACUCAUAAGUUCAUAGGGGAGGAAACCACAGCUGCAUGUGGCACUACCGAACUUACAGAUGAACCCACAUGGAUAGUUGAUCCUUUGGAUGGAACUACGAACUUUGUUCAUGGGUUUCCUUUUGUUUGUGUCUCCAUUGGUCUUACAAUUGGAAAAGUUCCUACUGUAGGUGUUGUUUACAAUCCAAUUAUUGAUGAGCUUUUCACUGGAGUCCAUGGGAAAGGUGCCUUUUUGAAUGGGAAGCCCAUAAAAGUAUCAACACAAACUGAUCUAAUAAGCUCUCUUCUUGCAACUGAGGCUGGAACAAAACGUGACAAAGUAACAUUAGACGCCUCAACCAAUAGGAUUAAUAGCUUGCUUUCCAAGGUGAGAUCUCUUCGAAUGAGUGGCUCAUGUGCUCUGAAUCUUUGUGGAAUUGCAUGUGGAAGGCUGGAUGUAUUCUAUGAAACUGGCUUUGGUGGUCCUUGGGAUGUGGCAGGUGGUGCUGUCAUUGUUACAGAAGCUGGAGGUGUUGUAUUUGAUCCUUCUGGUGCAGAAUUUGACGUAACAGCUCAGCGGGUAGCAGCUUCAAACCCUUCCUUGAAGGAUGCAUUUGUUGAAGCACUGCGCCAAACAGAGUGAGACAUUUACCAUUUAGCCAAAGGACGAGGAGAAAAUGCCAUCCAUCCGUAUAAAUAAAUCCUUGUUCCUUGUUUAGUUCAUCACUUUUUGCAAAAAUAAUUCUUAGUGGGGAUGACUCAAUUUUCUAAUUGCUUUUGUAGCUUCACCAAAAUUAUAAUAUACUAUUAUACUCUGCAUCUUUAGAAAUACAACUCCUCUGUCUCGUGUAUUCAACCAAUGAAA